AUGGAUUAAAACCAUAGUAUAAUGAUUUUUUUUUCCAGCAUUUUAAAAUUUUUCUCCAAACAAGCAACUGAAAAUUCUUUCAAGAUCUUGAAAAAUAUUUCUUGCUUCUGCAGAAUUUUCCAGCAAACAGACAGAAGCUCUGCUCAUUUCCUCAGUGAAAUUUGUCUUAAAAGAAUUUACAAUUUUUCGUUUGCCCUACCUGUUCAAGUUUUCACUCUUGCUCGCGGAGAUGAGCGGUCACAGCCAAGGCGAGGAUGUGCAAGAUUUAAUGGCGAGAAUCACAAGAGCAGUGGAUGAUAUCUACCAUGUUCGAGACACGUAUUUUCCUGCCGACCCAGAUGAGAAAAUCUCCAAACUCCGGCGGGAAUCUGAUCUCGCUAUCAAACUCCUUGAUUCCAUUCCUUCAGAAGAAAGGAAAUCCCCUAUGCAACGGGCAGCAUAUGAAUAUUUGAGGGGUAAGAUACUGGACGUAUUUCCUGAUUAUAGGAAAGAAGCAGAGGAUCAUCUGUCAAAGGCUGUUAAAUUGAAUCCAUCUCUUGCAGAUGCUUGGCUAUGUUUAGGUAACUGCAUUUGGAAGAAAGGAGAUCUGCCUUCAGCCAAGAACUGCUUCACACUUGCACUAAGCAAGGGUCCAAACAAAAAGAUACUUUGUCAAUUAUCAAUGCUCAAAAGAAAAAUGGCCCAAGGAACGGACAAUCAGGCAGAAAUUGUUGACGAAAGCAUUCAACAUGCUAAGGAAGCUAUUACUUUGGAUGUACAGGACGGAAAUUCUUGGUACAACCUUGGAAAUGCAUGCCUUACAAGUUUUUUUGUGACUGGAGCAUGGGAUCACAACAAGCUUCUGCAGUCCUUAAAAGCAUACCAAAAUGCUGAGAAAGAUGAAAGAAUGAAGUCUAAUCCAGAUUUAUAUUUCAACUGUGCUACUGUAAACAAAUAUUUGGAAAACUAUGAGAGGGCUCUUAGUGGAUUUGAAGCUGCUGCUUUGAAGGAUCCUGGUCUCAAUGCUUCCGAGGAGGUCCACAAGAUGGUUAAUCUUCUUGACAAGUUGGAUAAUUUGUUGAGGGGGCAACCUAGAGCUAAAAGACUUGGUUCUUUGACAUCAUCUUUGAACACCAUUAAAUUGAAUUCAUCCUACAAAAAAACCACCAUGGAUCUUCUUUCAGAAGGUCUCAACAAAAAAGUUGCCAUUUUUGGAGAAGUACUUUUCUUCAUUAAUCAUGGGGAUGCUGCUCCAUUGUACUAUUUGGUAUGUGAUUCAAGUCAAAUAUGCUGCAUGCUUUCAGUAUAUGGCAUGCGUAAUGAUUCGAUUAAAGAAGGAGAUCAGCUUACACUAUUGGAACCAUAUUAUCGUUAUGUUGAUUUUACUUGGAAGGGGAAGCAGUGUUACCAGUUCAAAACAAUUCGUGUGGAUUUCUUGGAACAAGUGCUUGUAAAUGGAAAAGCUCCAUCUCCUCUACAAGCAGUUCGUACCUCAAUCUUUGCACAACAUAAAGCAUGAUACCUCUUCUAUUGUUUCAAUCAGAAUGUUUGUGAAUUUAUCUACUGAAAAAUUGGGGUUUGGGUGAUCCUCCGCAUGAUUUGUAAGCUGCAUGAUUUGUAAAUAGAUUCAAGGAUGAAAGGGAAAAGAAAAUGAUAUCAUAGUUUUCCGCAAAACAAUUACUACUCAUGGAGAACAGAAGAUCCUGCUUUUUGGAGCAUGCAUUUGUUUGAUUUUGUUAAAACACGUGUUCUGGAGCUACAUCUGUUUUUGUAUGGCUGAAUUCUUCUGUCUUCAUCUACCAUAUGAAAUGCCAUUGUGUAGUAGUGUUUCAAA